ACCUUAAAAACCGUCUCAAAGUUGAUUUCGACACAUUUCGUGUCAGUAACGCAGCGAGGCCACGUGCACCAUCUGUAAGACACCACCAUGCCAACCAAAAAUGUCACCGACGAGCGGCUCGGCAAGUUUAAAAACAAAGGCAAAGAUCCAGCUGUGAGUGUUGUGUACAAUCCUCAGUGACAUGUCUUUUAAAAGCACACCGUGUCUGGUCAACGUGUUAUCUUGUGUUCUAAUAGAAAUUGAGGGAAAAGAGAAUCUCAGAGUGCGUGGAGCUGCGUAAAGCUCACAAAAACGAAAGUUUCAUGAAGAGACGAAACGUGACUCUGUCAUCCCUCCCAGACGAGGACGCCCUUUCUCCGGACUACUCCACAGACGCGGUCCGUUCAGAUCCGCCAUCAUCGAAUAAUGGUCUCCCGUAGAGUAUGGCUUUUGACGGCGUGUCUGUUUUUGCAGGUGUCAGUUUACUCCAUCGAGGACAUAAUUAAAGAUGUAAACGAUCAUAACAAGGAGGCCCAAACCAGAGGCUGCCAGGCAGCCAGGUGAGACCAAGAGAGUUUGUGUGUGUGUGUGUGUGUGUGUGUGUGUGUGUGUGUGUGUGUAAAGAUCCAAAAGCUCUUUUUCCAAAUAGUGAAAAAUGAUCAGUUGACUGUAUGUUUAAAAAAAAAAAAUAUAUAUAUAUAUAUAUAUAUAUAUAUAUAUCUAACUUAAUGGAUCUUAAAAGAAAAAGUUAGUGUAUUUCACAAGCUGAAUGUAAACCUUGGGGUAAAAUGGUAACAUACUGCACGUAUUGAUACAUAAUCGAUUUCUUACUCUUCAGGAAGCUUCUAUCCCAGGAGAGUAACCCUCCCCUGAAGGAGAUUAUAGAUGCAGGUCUGCUCUCCCGCUUUGUGUCCUUCCUAGGUAUGAACGAUGAGCCCACACUGCAGUUUGAAGCAGCCUGGGCUCUAACAAAUAUCGCCUCUGGAACAUCUUGGCACACUCAACAGGUGUGCUCACAAAACUGAAGUAUUGGUGGGAUUUAGCUCCAUGAUUAGCCUUUUUAAUGACUGAUCUGAGGUCAUAUUUAUCAGGCUCUUGGGAUAAGACUGGACUGACUAAGUCUUACACAUGUUAAGAUCUUCAUUGCCUGAAAUUUAACACAAUGGUGUAUUUCUGUCUUAUCAGGUGGUGGAAAGUGGGGCUGUGCCGGCUUUUAUCUCCUUGCUGGCCUCGCCGAUGUUGCACAUCAGUGAACAGGCUGUCUGGGCUCUCGGAAACAUUGCAGGUAAAUUUAUAGUUUUAUAAAUUAUAAUUAUAUUGUAUUAUUCAUGAACUUAUAUUAUAAGCUUUCAUGUCUUAAUACUUCACCAUAAAAUCAUUGAGGACAACUCAAAAUACUCAAUGUUUUGUGGUUGCAUAGUUUACUGACCAGAAACUCUUCUAUGGUGAAGCAGUGAAGUGACUGUGGUGGUACCAAUUUACAUUUUGAUUGAGUGCUCAAUGAUUGCAUUAAUAACCUGCCUUUUUUAUGAGGAUUUGUAUAUGUAUAUGCUUAAUCUCUUUGACUUGCUAGCUAACUUCACCAAAUGUAUCCACUUCACAGGUGAUGGUUCAGCUUCUCGAGACAUUCUGAUUGAGUGUAAUGUUAUCCCAGCCUUACUAGCCCGCAUCUCCCCUGACACACCAGUAAGUCAAACUACACAAGACCAUUUGGAACCAUUCCCCUAUAUCUGCAAUUUAAUUUCACCAAGUGUGGCAUCUUUGUGUGAGUCCUGGACAAUUACCUCAAUUUAACUGUUUUAUUAGUUUUAAUUAGUUUAAAUUAGCUUAUGUGUUGAUUUUAAUGACAGCCAGAUCUAAUGUAAUGGUCCCAGACCUUACUGGUGGCACUGAAAAACUAUGCUAUAACUAUUUUUUGUCUGACCAAGUAUUCAGGGGAGCUGUUGUUGUUGUUGUUGUUGUUGUUGUUGUUGUUAUAGCAGCUGUGGACAGAAUGCCUCUUUAUCCAAGAAUGAAUCUAGGAUAAAGAGGCAUUUGUUAGACAUUUGACAGAAAGUUGACAAGAGCACCAUUUACUCCAGCACCAACUUGAACAGGUUGGUAAUGUUCCACAAAAUGACUUGUUGGUCAGCUUGGAGGAGCAAGGCGAUCAGGUGCCUCAACAAUUAACCAUAUGUUAAAUGCUUAACAAAAUGGAAGGUCGAAAACCUGAGUCGGCAAACUUUGUUCCGAGCUUUGAUACAAACCCCUCACUGCUUUUUAAGUGGGAACUUAAUGUGACCAUGGUGAACCCCACACAGACCACUUAACAAAUAACCAUUUUGUAGACUUUCAAAUUCCUUUGCUGUAUGAGGAAUACGCCCCAUCUUAGGCUGGUGAAUGGGCAGCUUUUACAAACACAAGGCCUGAUGAACUGUGUGUGUUUAGCAUAAAGGGACGAACAGCAUCGGUUGUAAAUUUGAGAGGUCCAAAAAAUCACUCAAACUAGCUUGUUUGUUUUUGAUUUUGUCAGACCCUGAUUUUUGUAGUGUUUAGACUAUUUUUGAUUUGUUUUUUUUCCCAUCCAGGUUGGCUACCUGCGUAACCUAACAUGGACACUAUCCAACCUAUGUCGAAAUAAAAACCCCUGUCCACCCUUAUCUGCAGUACUGCAGGUAAUCUCCGCUGUGAACUCAUAGCAUUGAUUUCAAAUUAUGCUGUGAUACAAAGAGGAAAACCAAUGUGCUUUCAAUGUUUCCUUUCUUUAGAUGCUUCCGUCUCUGAUCCAACUGCUUCAUCUGAGUGAUAAAGACAUUCUGUCUGAUGCAUGCUGGGCAAUUUCCUACCUAUCAGACGGUGAGAAUGAGCGUAUUGAUGUGGUGGUAAAAACUGGCAUUGUCCCUCGGCUGGUGGAGCUCAUGGGCCAUCGGGAGCUUAGUGUCAUGGUAAGGUGCUCCUGGGUUUAUUGAACUCCUGUGGUUUCAAUCUCAUAGUUUAAGUUGGCUUUUUAAAUUGCUAAUGUAAAGCAUAAGUUACUUAUAUCUCCAACUUGCAGACCCCUGCUCUCAGGUCUAUCGGAAACAUUGUGAGUGGCUCAGACCAGCAGACUCAGGCGGCCAUCGAUGCAGGUGUUUUGAACAUCCUCCCUCAGGUGAUGAGGCAUCCAAAAGCCAGUGUGCAAAAAGAGGCGGCAUGGGCACUGUCAAACAUUGCUGCAGGACCCUGUAAGCAAAUCCAGCAGCUCAUCACCUGUGGCCUUCUCCCUCCUCUGGUAGAACAGCUCAGGAAUGUGAGUAGAUCAUUAAGAAUGAGUGCUUAGUAUUUUCACUAACUUGAAUUGUGGGGUGGGGGGCAUAAUUUUAGUGUUGAUGUUGACAGAACAAAAUUUGUAAUGCCCCACACCAGCCUUCAAGUCAAACAUGUCAACAUCUUGGUGACAAAAGGGAUAAGAUAACUUGUAGCUGUCAGUUUCAGAGUCUGCUGGCUGAAAUGGGAUGUAUAUUGAGUUUUCAUUUGAGGAUCAAUAGCCCACUUUAUAUGAGAUUCCUGUUUCACUCUGUGCCAAUAAACUGCUUAAACAAUGGUCUGCAAAACCGUCAGGGGGACUUCAAAACACAGAGAGAGGCAGUGUGGGCAGUAACAAACUUCACCAGUGGGGGCACUGUGGAACAGGUGGUCAGUCUGGUGCAGAGCGGAGCCCUUGAGGCAAUAAUCAACCUGCUACAGGUCAAAGACUCUAAAGUCAUCCUGGUCAUACUGGAUGCUGUCAACAACGUCUUCAUGGUGAGUGAUGGGGUGGGGGGGGUGGGGCAUUAACCCCCUUAACUUCUUCCAAUAUUCAUUUCAGCUCAAGCUCCAGAUUAAAUGCAGAAGAUCAGAAAGUUUUAGUUAUUGCACAUGACUUUCAGGCAGCAGAGAAGCUCGGUGAGAUGGACAAGCUAAGCCUGCUGGUUGAGGAGCUAGGAGGGCUGGAUCGAAUUGAGAUGCUGCAGAACCAUGACAAUGAGAUGAUAUACCGAGCAGCACAUAACCUCAUAGAGAAGUACUUCUGCGGUGUAAGUAACAAGUUUAGAUGGGUUUACUACUUGAUUUGUAAUCUGCCUACUUUCAAUACCUUUUGCUAAUACUGCUGUUUUUAGACACAUACUUGAAUUAAAUUGUGACGCUGAGAACUUCAUCUACCAAUUUCUCAACAGUUGCCAUGAAUUUGUAGUUUAAUUUGUUUCCUUUCCUCUUCUCAGAAUGAGGUUGAGGAAGUAAAGGUCGACUCCACAGAGGACGCUUUUGAAUUCAGGACCGCUGAUGUCCCACGAACAUUUGAAUUUUAAACAUGUAUUUGGGUUUAAUGUUGAAAGAAAUAAAAUGUAUUACUCUACAAACGUUUCUAGUCUUUUGAUGCAUUCAUAUUUGGAAUGGGCAGUUGUACAAACCAGUUCCAGGAAAAAGACUAAACUGUGUAUUUUAUAAAAUCUUAU